AUGCCUCUAGAAGGUGUCAAGAAUAUCAUCCUGAUCCUCUCCGGUAAGGGUGGCGUUGGCAAGUCCUCAGUCACCCUUCAGCUCGCCCUCGCCCUUACCCUGCAGGGCAAAUCCGUCGGAAUACUCGAUAUCGACCUAACGGGCCCCUCCAUCCCACGCCUCGUUGGCCUCGAGAACGCAAAGAUCACCCAGUCCCCGAACGGAUGGAUUCCCGUGCCAGUACAUGAGACCCAGUCUCAAGCAGCUCCCAAAAAUGACGCUGCGCCUGCCGCUACCACUACCGCUGCCGCUGCCGGCGAAAUUGCGAACGAGAACGGGGGCACAACACAACCAAGAGGAAGCCUCCGCUGCAUGUCCCUAGGCUUCCUCCUCCGCGAUCGCGGCGACGCAGUCAUCUGGCGCGGGCCCAAGAAAACAGCCAUGAUCCGCCAAUUCCUUACAGACGUCUACUGGGGCGAAACGGAUUACCUGCUUGUCGACACGCCACCGGGCACAAGCGACGAGCAUAUUGCGCUUGCGGAGGAACUGCUGAAGAUCUCUACGACAAGCCCGUCUACCAGUGGACCUAGUGCGCUUCCGCAUCUCACGGGCGCCGUGCUCGUAACAACCCCGCAGGCAAUUGCGACAUCGGACGUGCGCAAGGAGGUGAACUUCUGCGUCAAGACGAAUAUCCCCACGCUGGGCGUGGUGGAGAAUAUGUCUGGUUAUACGUGUCCAUGUUGCGGGGAGGUGAGUAAUCUUUUCUCGAGUGGGGGCGGGGAGGUUAUGGCGAGGGAGAUGGGGGUAAGGUUUUUGGGGAAAGUGCCGGUUGAUGUGCAGUUUGGGGCGUUAGUAGAGGCGAAGAGUGCAGAGGAUAGUGAUGAUGAGGAUGAAGAGGACAAAGUGCAAGAAGAGAAAGAGGAGGCUGUGGUGGAUGACAGGCCGCUGGUGGAGAGGUAUAGAGAGUGUUGGUCAUAUGGGCGGUUUGAGGGGUUUGCUAGGACGUUGAUAGGAGAGAUUGAAGGCUGA